GGGCGGUGGCCGGGUGGGCGGGCGGUGGCCGAGCUGCCGUUUCCUGUCCUGGUGCAUGGUGGUCGGAACGGAGGAAUUGUUGGAAAAUUUCUCGGCGAGGUAGACAAUGUUAUUAGCUCAGAUAAAUCGAGACUCUCAGGGAAUGACGGAAUUUUCUGGAGGAGGAAUGGAGGCCCAGCAUGUGACUUUGUGUCUAACAGAAGCUGUAGCUGUGCAAGGUGAACCUUCAGAUGGUGACAACUUGGAAAACAUGGAAGGUGUAAGUUUGCAAGCAGUUACCCUGGCUGAUGGCUCCACUGCUUACAUACAGCACAAUUCUAAAGAUGGUAAAUUAAUGGAUGGCCAAGUGAUUCAAUUAGAAGAUGGUUCUGCUGCUUACGUUCAACAUGUACCUAUGCCUAAAAGCAGGGAGAGCCUGCGUCUGGAAGAUGGACAAGCAGUUCAGCUGGAAGAUGGAACUACGGCAUUUAUUCAUCACACCUCAAAAGACAGUUAUGACCAGAGUGCACUUCAAGCUGUGCAGCUGGAGGAUGGAACCACUGCCUACAUCCACCACACGGUGCAGAUGCCACAGUCAGACACCAUUUUAGCCAUCCAGGCUGAUGGCACAGUGGCAGGGCUGCACACAGGAGAUGCUGCCAUCGACCCGGACACCAUCAGUGCUUUGGAGCAAUAUGCAGCCAAGGUGUCUAUUGAUGGAAAUGACAGUGUUAGUAGCACAGGAAUUAUAAGUGAAAAUGAACAAGAUAAAAAAAUGCAGAUUGUCUUGCAAGGACAUGGAACAAGAGUGACUGCAAAAUCUCAACAGACUGGAGAGAAAGCCUUUCGCUGUGAUUAUGAUGGCUGUGGAAAACUGUAUACAACAGCUCACCAUCUUAAGGUGCAUGAAAGGUCUCACACAGGCGACAGACCAUACCAGUGUGAACAUCCUGGAUGUGGCAAAGCCUUUGCAACAGGGUAUGGGUUAAAAAGUCAUGUGCGGACACACACUGGUGAGAAGCCUUAUCGGUGCACAGAAGAGAACUGCACCAAAUCCUUCAAGACUUCCGGAGACCUGCAGAAGCACAUUCGGACCCACACAGGUGAAAGGCCUUUUAAGUGUCCCUUUGAAGGAUGUGGCAGGUCAUUCACAACAUCUAAUAUUAGAAAGGUUCAUAUCAGGACACACACAGGUGAAAGGCCUUAUUACUGUACAGAGCCAGGAUGUGGGAGAGCUUUUGCCAGUGCAACUAAUUAUAAGAAUCAUGUGAGAAUACACACAGGGGAGAAACCCUAUGUCUGUACAGUUCCUGGCUGUGACAAACGUUUCACAGAGUAUUCCAGUUUAUACAAACAUCAUGUUGUACAUACUCAUUCCAAACCAUACAACUGCAAUCACUGCGGGAAGACCUACAAACAGAUCUCUACCCUUGCUAUGCACAAACGGACAGCACACAACGACACAGAACCCAUUGAGGAAGAACAAGAGGCUUUCUUUGAGCCACCUCCAGGUCAAGGUGAAGAUGUGCUCAAAGGCUCCCAGAUCACCUAUGUGACAGGUGUAGAGGGAGAAGAUGUCAUUUCUGCACAGGUUGCUACAGUUACUCAGUCGGGAUUAGGCCAACAAGUAGCACUUAUAUCCCAGGAUGGAACCCAACAUGUGAACAUAUCGCAGGCAGACAUGCAGGCCCUCGGCAAUACCAUCACCAUGGUGACACAAGAUGGCACUACCAUCACAGUCCCUGCCCAUGACGCCGUCAUCUCCUCCGCGGGAACGCAUUCGGUGGCGAUGGUCACUGCGGAGGGCACCGAGGGGCAGCAGGUCGCAAUUGUGGCGCAAGACUUAGCAGCGUUUCACAGUGCCUCGUCAGAAAUGGGACACCAGCAGCACGGACACCAUCUAGUGACUACAGAAACUAGACCUGUUACAUUGUUGGCUACAUCCAAUGGGACACAAAUUGCAGUACAGCUUGGAGAACAACAGUCUCUGGAAGAAGCCAUUAGAAUAGCCUCCAGAAUACAACAGGGGGAAACACCAGGCAUUGAUGAUUAACUUCCAAAACUGCUACCAGAACAAUAAGUGAAAGGUAUUUUAUUUUCAACCAACAAAGGUCCAUGCCAGCAACAGCCCAUAAAAACUUUGAAGUCCCUCACUCACUGAUAACUGUGUACACAUUUUAUGCAAGAGUGAAGAACAUUUUCUAAGUUUUGUGUACAUAACCCUUGGAAUGGACUGACAUCAUCUAUUUCCAACCGUUACAUUCAGGAAUAUGGAAUUAGGAUUAUAUAGUAAACUUCCUUGUUAUCCUUUCAUCAGAUUUCAGACUGGUCUACAAGCAAGUAAAAACCAGAAGUAUUGGAAUUAAUUUUUAAUGUCAUGUACAAAUAAUGAAGGCAUUACUGAAGAUUUCAGCUGUUUAAAUAACCGUUUCAGGAACCCUUACGAGUAAUAAAGGCAACAAAGCCUUUUAAAAUUGCAUUCCAUUAAUGGAAAAGUCUUGGAUUUUGAGCCUACUACUGUAAAUCUUCGUAUUUUGAUUUGUUUCAUGCAGAUUUGAAUACUCUUUAGAUUAUCUACCCCAUCUCAUUCAUUGUAAAUACAGACUGUUAAUGCUGGAAGUGCUAAUUAUAUUAUCUUUAAAUUGGAUUAUGUACAAAGAACUGGUUGUUCAAUAUUAAAGAAAGUAAAUCUAAUGAUUUUGUUUCUUUACAUAUUUUACUUAAGAUGUUACUCUGAAAUUAUUAUGCAAUAAAAUAUAGCAAGGUUGUAUUGUUUAGAUAGGAUGAUAUUGUUGUGUGACGUAUUGUUUUACUUCCUACUGAGACUGAAGUUCAAAUUAUUUAUUUACGGCCUUGUGUAAAUUUUUCCAAAGUUUAUUUAUCAUAAACUUAAUUUUUUUUACAUUAGUUUUGAUCAUAAUCCAUUAUAGUGUAUUAAGAAAAUACUGGUAAUAGUUACUUCAGACAUUCUAAAACACUACAAGAGUGAUUUUCACUAAAAGGUGAAGUUACCCAUUUUCAAGAGAACUAUUUUCAAAUGGUGCAUUUGCAGCAAAAAGUACAAGUACUAAUAGUCUAUUUUCAACAGUUCUGAGUGCCUGCUGCUACCAUACCUAGGAUGUGCUGAUAAUCAGUGCUUUUCAAAAUCAGGACACAUGUUACUAGAAAAAAGGGAUUAAUGAUGUAAGUACAAUGCUCCUCUCCAACUAUCAUUCUGUAAAGGAAAAAAAUCCAUUGCAGAUAUGUCUAACACAUACAGCAAAAUGUAACUUUCAAUUUUUUUAUAUGAAGAAGUUUUUACUCUUAUCUUGUUAGCAAGCUGGUUAAGCAAGCUAAAAAUUUUUGGCUUCUUGUAAGAUUCAGUGCUUAUUUUAGAUAAGUGUCGAGAGCACUUCUGGAACUGAAGCCUCACCUUUUGCCUUCUCAAGAGAAGGACUGCACAUCCUCUGGACAAAAUCUUUUCUAAAGGAAUCUCAAGUAUUGUGAGGUGCACAUCCUACAUGAAAAAAUAAAGUCCAUAACUAAGUACCUUGAGGUAUUUGACCUCAGAAAGGCCAAGUUUGAAUAGAAUGAGCCAAUUUAUUGUGAAUUACUGUAUCAAUGUGGGUUGCAGCCUUUUGUUUUCUACACAGAAGCCAGCUGUGAAGUGCAGUGAGAGAAUACAAUACUGUAGGAUAGAUGGGGACAAAGCAAAGGCUAUUUUCUGCAUAAAUUACAAAGUAAAACUUGGAAACAUUGAGGUUGUCUGUAACUUUUGUAUAGGAUUGAGGUUGCUUGCUCGUUUAGGUGCCAUUUUUCCUGAAAUGUUGUAAAUCUUGAUAUCCCAUGGAGAGAAAUGUACUAUGCAAGGAGGGUUAAUUGCCUGUCACCUAGAUCAGUUUCUUAGUACUUAUCACCUUUUAGAAAUUAAAGUUGUAUCAUUUGAUGUCAAUGUUCAA